AAAGCGGAAGCAGCCGCUCGUCACAUGACUGUCAGGAGGAAAAACAACAGGAAGAGUUUUGUUGUGAACGUUUAGGCGCAGUAAUAAUCUGAGAGGAGCGGCUCUAAGCUUCAGGUUUAUUUGGAUCUAAAGUAAAACGUUUUUUGCAUGUUGGGCGUUUUUUUGUGUGUGUUGCUUGAAGGAACCGAACUUUAGUGAAAAUUCGCUGAAUUGAAGCUGAUCCUGACAAUCCUCGGAGGGUCAGAGGGCAUCAUGGGGUCCACAGUGGAGAGAACAGACGAACAUGUGAGGGAAUAUCUGAUCUACCGAGGCUUCACCAACACCCUGAAACACCUGGACAGCGAGAUCAAAGCCGACAAGGAGAAAGGCUUCAGGGUGGAUAAGAUCAUCGACCAGCUGCAGCAGUUCGUUCAGAGCUUCGACCUGUUUGGUCUGAAGGAGUACUGGCUCUACCUGGACAGACGUCUGUUCUGCCGACUGGAGGACGUUUACAAAUCUACUGUGAACAAGCUGAGAACCAGUCUGUACAGAUACUAUGUCAUCAACACCAUCCAGAAAGGAAACCUGGAGAAAACCCAGGAGUUCUUCCAGAAGCAGGCGCAGGAGCUACAGAGUCAGGUCGAGUGGCGCGAUUGGUUCAUCCUGCCGUUUAUCCCCACCCCGAGCAGAACCCGCUUCUCUCCAUACUUUUCCCGCCAAUGGUCCGACACCUUCCUGGUUUCACUGCACAACUCGUCGGUCCUCUUCCAGUGCAUGCCUCAGCCUGUUCUGCUGAGCUUCGAUGCUGAGGUUCAGAAGAUGACUGGCCUGACCGAAGAGAACGAGCAGCUCCGACAGCAGCUGUUCGCCCUGCAGACGGAGAGUCGGGACCAGAGGGACGGAGACGAGAUGGUUCAUCAUAAGCUGCCGGCGUACGUCCAGAACAUGGACCGAUUGGGAGACACUGAGCUGGACUUGGUGUCGAGCCAGCGAGCCGUGAGCACCGCCACCACCCCUUCCAGAAACUUCUUCUCAUUCCUACCACAAACCAGACGUACACCGGGCAAACCCAACCAGGUGUCCACCGGUUCCUCUCCAAACCAGGCAGCAGUCGGUAGAAAGGACCCAACAACCAAUCAGCCUGCAAAGUCUAAAGACGCAGCUCAAGCUAAAGAUGUGAAGCCACUUUCCAGCCAGCUAUCGACCAGCGAACCAGCGAGUUCCCAACAACCUAUAAACCAAUCAGCGAACCAGUCAGCAAACCAGAACCCCAGACACAAGAGAAUCCAGGACCAUGAGAAGGAGAGGAAGGAGCUUUUCUCCAAACCACCACAGACUCCAGAGAGAAAAGUGGAGUCGAUGGAGGUGGAACCUCCUUCAGAACCUCCCAGUGAACCUCCAGUUCUCAGCAGCAGCGAGGGAGGAGGUCUGUCAGCAGAACAGCCUUUCAUCAAACUGAGCCAGGAGGAGUAUGGAGAACAUCACUCAUCCAUCAUGCACUGCAGGGUCGACUGUUCUGGUCGUCGGGUUGCCAGUUUGGACGUAGACGGAGUCAUCAAGGUCUGGUCCUUCAAUCCCAUCAUGCAGACCAAAGCCACCAUCAUGUCCAAGUCUCCUCUGCUGUCUCUGGAGUGGGCGACCAAACCGGACCGACUGUUGCUGCUCGGCAGUGGAGUGGGAACAGUCCGACUGUACGAUACAGACGCAAAGAAAAACCUUUAUAGAUGAACAUUCGAUGAAACUCAUCCACGUAUCUUGUCUUUAGCCUGCAGCCCCAGUGGAUCAUCGUUUGUCUGUUCGGCUGCAGCUCUCAAUCGAUCCGUAAAUGUCUCCGGUCAGCUGCUGCUUUGGGACACAAAGACGGUCAAACAGCAGCUUCAGUUCUCUUUAGAACCAGAGCCAGUCGCAUCAACGCACAGCUUUAACCACAAUGGAAACCCUGUGACCGGAGCUGCUGACGGGAUGAUCAGACUGUUCGACAUGCAGCGGUAUGAGAGCGCUAUGAGCUGGAGAGCUCACGAUGGAGAAGUUUACAGCGUCGAGUUCAGCUACGAUGAAACACCGUGUUCAGGCAUCGGAGAGGAUGGGAAGUUCAUGCAGUGGAACGAUCCAUCGCUGUGGGUGAAGCAGUCGGAGCAUUUACCUCAAGACGCCACCGGACCUUUCGUCCUCGGAUACAGCGGGUACAAACAGGUGAGCAUUCAGGUUCCUCGAGGUCGACUCGCCUUCGACUCUGAAGGUCAACAUGUUCUGACGUGCAGCUCCGGAGGUCUCAUCUACAGAGUGACUGACAAUGGGGAGCCGGCUCUGGACCAGGUUCUGUCUGGCGGACACAAAGCUCCGGUGGUGACGGUUGAUUGGUGCUCGGCGGUGGACUGUGGCACCUGUCUGACAGCGUCGAUGGACGGGAAGAUCAAACUGAGCACACUCCUGCCCAGAAGUCCUGAUCAGUUACUGAUCGAUCAGACAGGAUCAAUACGUCAACUGUUCAUCAUGUAGCAGUGGAAACUCAUCUUGUUAAAUUCAGAUCUGCAUUAAAAUCUCACUGAAAGUCA